UGUCAGGGCGUGGCGCUAGACCGGCGCUGCGGGUGAGUCCUACUGGACCGCCCGCGAGCUCUGACCACAACCGGGCAGGGAGGCGGAGGAUGGAAGUGGGCUUAUCGGCCAUUACGUUCUAUCUCGCCAGCACCAGCAGCCCUGUGGCGGCGACAACGAUGGACCGGGAGUCAGUGAGCCGUGCGGAAGGAGGAGAAGCAGCCGCAGCCUCGGGAGCUGCAGCCGCCGCGGCGUUCAGGGAACCAGAGCGGCAGAUGAGUAAUGAAAGAGUCUUUGAAAAUGUAGAACUGGGAGUCAUUGGAAAAAAGAAGAAAGCCCCAAGGAGAGUCAUCCACUUCGUUAGUGGUGAAACAAUGGAAGAAUACAGCACAGAUGAAGAUGAAGUUGAUGGCCUGGAGAAGAAAGAUGUUUUGCCUACUGUUGAUCCGACAAAACUUACCUGGGGCCCCUACUUAUGGUUUUACAUGCUUCGUGCUGCCACCUCAACCCUCUCAGUGUGUGACUUUCUUGGAGAGAAGAUUGCAUCUGUUUUGGGCAUCAGCACCCCAAAAUACCAGUAUGCCAUUGAUGAGUAUUACCGGAUGAAGAAGGAGGAAGAAGAAGAAGAAGAAGAAAACAGGAUGUCUGAAGAAGCAGAAAGACAAUACCAACAGAAUAAGCUGCAGGCUGAAUCUAUUAUUCAGACAGAUCAACCAGACACAGUGGUAUCGAGUUCAUUUGUGAAUCUCAAUUUUGAAAUGGAGGGAGAUUGUGAAGUAAUUAUGGAAGACAAACAAAAUCCAGUCUCUGUCCCACCAUAGAAUGGAAUGACUAUCAAA